AAGUUUUUCCAGGGAUACAAAACAGAAGACUCUGAGUUUGUUUAUCAAAGCGCACAGAAUUUCAGCUAUGAUUGUAUCACGUGUCCCAAAAUAUACAGCCAUUCUGGCCCUCUUGGUCCUGGGUGUUGGUGCACUGGACACUUUCAUUGCUGCAGUGUAUGAGCAUGCUGUCACAUUACCAAACAGAACGGAAACACCUGUGCUGGAAAAAGAAGCUUUGUUCCUGAUGCACAAGAACAUAGAUGUUUUGGAGACAGCAGUUAAACUGGCAGCCAGACAGGGUGCACAUAUCAUUGUGACCCCAGAAGAUGGAAUUUAUGGCUGGGUCUUCACCAGGGAGACCAUUUAUCCCUAUCUGGAGGAUAUCCCAGACCCUGGAGUGAACUGGAUUCCAUGUAAAUAUCCCCAGAGGUUUGGCUACACCCCAGUGCAAGAAAGGCUCAGCUGCCUGGCCAAGCACAACUCUAUCUAUGUUGUGGCAAAUAUUGGGGACAAGAAACCAUGCAAUGCCAGUGACCCUCAGUGUCCCCCUGACGGCCGUUACCAAUUCAACACUGACGUGGUGUUUGAUUCUGAGGGCAGGCUGGUGGCCCGCUAUCAUAAGUACAAUCUUUUUGCACCUGAAAUUCAAUUUGAUUUCCCCAAGGAUUCAGAAUUUGUGACUUUUGACACUCCUUUUGGGAAGUUUGGCAUUUUCACUUGCUUUGACAUUUUUUCUCGUGACCCGGCUGUGGUGCUGGUGGAAGAAUUUCACGUUGACAGCCUUCUCUACCCUGCAGCCUGGUACAACACGCUGCCCCUCCUCUCGGCUGUCCCCUUCCACUCGGCGUGGGCCCGAGCCAUGAGAGUCAACCUGCUUGCUGCAAAUACCCACCACACUGGCAUGCACAUGACAGGGAGUGGAAUCUAUGCACCAGAGGCCGUCAAGGUGUAUCACUAUGACAUGGAAACAGAGAGUGGCCAGCUGAUGCUCUCAGAAUUGAAGUCCCGACCUCGAAGAGAACCCACCUACCCUGCAGCUAUUGACUGGAGUGCUUAUGCCAGAGGUGUCAAGCCAUUCGAGUCCGAACAUCUGAAUUUUCCAGGGAUGAUUUAUUUUGAUGAGUUUACUUUCACAGAGCUUAAGAGAAACACAGGAAAUUAUACAGUUUGUCAGAAAGACCUGUGCUGUCAUUUAACUUACAAGAUGUCUGAGAAACGAACAGAUGAGGUGUACGCAGUAGGGGCCUUUGACGGACUGCAUACAGUACAAGGCCAAUAUUACUUACAGAUAUGCACGUUACUGAAGUGUCAAACCACGGACCUGAGCACUUGUGGGGAGCCCGUGGGGUCAGCUUUUACCAAGUUUGAAGAAUUCUCCCUCAGUGGCACAUUUGGAACGAGUUAUGUUUUCCCACAGCUCGUCCUUAGUGGGAGUCAGCUUGCCCCUGAAACUCAUUAUGAGGUUUCAAGAGAUGGACGUCUUCGGAGCCGAGGCAGAGCCCCUUUGCCCAUUCUGGUUCUGGCCCUAUAUGGACGAGUGUUUGAAAGGGAUCCUCCACGCUUAGGGCAGGGACCUGGGCAAGUUCAAUGAUCCCCUUCCCUGCCAGCCUUUCAGCGUUAGCCUGGCAAAGAGAGAGGAGAAAGAGAGAGCCCUUAAGCUUUGUCUAGAAGAGAUGUCUUCACUUUGCUGAAACAACAGACUUAAGAAGAUUUAAAGAAGAACGGAUGUGUGUGCACAGUCUACAUUUCACACAUCCCGUAAAGCACAAAUGCAUUUUUAGAAGCCGGGUUCAUCUUCUGUGUAGAUGCUCUUAAGGAUGUGUCAGUACGUCUAUGUAUAGGACAAGAAUUUAAAUGGGAGGAGGGACCCAGAAGAAUCCUUUUGUGGUAUCUGCUCUAACAUAGGUGAAUAGUUUCUAUCAUUUGUAAAUGCAUAGGAUAAGCAUUGAAAUUGCAGAAGGUAUUUGAUCAACUAGGAUACAGGAAGUUAAAAAACAAGAGUAUCUUGUAAAGUAAUUUUAAAUAACUUUUAAACUAAUUAAAACUGUUCCAUUCUCUCUUCUCUUAUGGUCCUUUACUAUAGAAAUCAGGUAUUUAGAAUGACAAUGAAAAAAAGAAAUGAAUAAAUGAUCUCUUUCAGACC